UGACAACAAAAAUAUGCGAAAUGCAAGUAUAAAACAAAAUACAAUAAAUAUUCGUGAGAGGAAUGAAAACAUUUUAAACGCUCUACCGCUCCCAUUCGUGUUAUGCUACUGCUUCCACUGUGAUCUAAUGUAUAAUAAAUUUAAUACUGUGCAAGUUUACGUUAAAUAGUAACUUAAGAUAAAGACGCGUUGUGUUUAUUUAAUUGGUUUGUCUCUCUCACUAGUGUCUAUGUGUUUGUGUGCGUGUGUGUAUGUUUAAUAUUUGUUGUAAACAACAAAAUAUAGCGCCAGGCUAUAACAAAAAACUGCGGCUGCUUUUUGUAUUUCUUGUGUCGUUGUUCAAAUAGAAAGCGCUGCCGACACACAGCACCAUUAACUGCGGCCACAAAAACAACAGCAACAACAGCAAGAGUAUUUGCAAAAAAUCAAAGCAGACGUCGGAAACAGCAGAGAGAGAGAGGAGUCGGAGAGUGGGUACGGCAUCAAAGUCUUUGUCCAGACAGUUUAAGCAGCAGCAUCAGCCGCCGCAGCAGCCACCCCAAUUUUUAUACUCAUUCUGACAGCUGUAAGAUUUGUCACACGCCCCGUUACUGAGGGAAGCUCUUCGCUUCAUUGGUGCUCUUAGUACGGUUAAUUUACGCUAACGGUAUUCUGUAAUAACCAAGCGCCGCUAACAUUGCUGUUGCUGAUUGCAAAUUGUGUGCGUCGCCGUCAGCCAACCACGCUCGGGCUAUCACACACACACACACGCACAUACACACACACUCUCUCUCUGUCUUUUCUCUUCAUUUGCUCAUAUAGGAGCCCCAUACGCCACGCCGCGGCUGACGUUUGUCGUACUUUGUAAAGCGACAGCGUUGCGUUUAUAGUUUCGACGCGCUCGACUCUGUAUUUGUUAGUAAUUUUUGUUUUUUUUUAAAUUGUAUUGAAAAGUUUUCCGCCUGCGCUACGUGUCAUAUGAGUUGCCAAAAAUAGCCAAGUAAUAGAAAACAAACAAAAAUUAAGGAGCGACUGAACAAAAAUGCAGCAACAUUACUAAAAAGAAUAUAUAUAUAAUAAAAAUACAAAUUCAAAUUAAAUUCAAAAGAAAAGAAAAAGUAUCGUGCCCGUGUUUACGUCGGUGUGUGUUCGUGCCAGUUUUUUUUUUUUUCAUGUGCGUGAAUGUGUUGUGAAGCCGGCAUAACAUCAGUGCAGUGAAACAGCUGAGAGAGCUAGCGACGGGCACACACACACACACACACUCGUGCAAUAGCAACUGCAAUAAUAAGAAGAACAAGGAGAACGAACACUCACACAAAGGAACGAAAAUGUAUCGAAUCGGUCCAAUUGGACGCAAAUCAAACUUCCAUUCGCGCGAGAAAUGUCUGAUUGGACUCGUGCUGGCGACUCUGUGCUUCCUAUGCUUCGGCGGAAUUUUCCUGCUGCCAGAUAACUUUGGCAGCGAGCGCGUACUGCUCGUCUACAAGCACUUCCAGAAGGCCGGUCCGGAGAUUUUCAUACCGGCUCCACCGCUGGCCGCGCAUGCGCCACGCGACGAGGAUCCCCAUUUCAUAGGCGAUCGCCAGCGACUGCAGCAAAAGAUUAGCGCCGAGCUGGGCGAUCUGCUGGACGAACCGCAGGCGGCGGGCGGUGAUGCGAUCGCCCAGGCGCCAGCGCCGUUGCCGGCUGCCCAGCAGGAGCAGCCCCUCGAGCAGGAUGCGGCGCUAGAUGCGGCUCGUGCGCCACCUCGAGUCUCACUGCCAGCAGCACCAGCCGCAGCAGCGGACCACACAACCAACAACAACAACAAUCAGCUCGUGACCGAGCAGCAGCUCAAGUUGCCCAUGGGCUUGGCCAAGGAUCUGCCGGGCGACACUAACGAAUUGCGAGAGAAACGUGAGAAAAUUAAAGAGAUGAUGGAGCACGCCUGGCACAACUACAAGCUGUAUGCUUGGGGCAAGAAUGAGCUGCGUCCACUGUCGCAGCGUCCGCACUCGGGCAGCAUAUUUGGCUCGUACGAUCUGGGCGCCACAAUUGUGGAUGGCCUGGACACGCUGUACAUAAUGGGCCUGCAGAAGGAGUACAAGGAGGGGCGCGACUGGAUCGAGCGCCGCUUCUCGCUGGAUAACAUCAGCGCCGAGCUGUCCGUGUUCGAGACGAAUAUACGCUUUGUGGGAGGGAUGCUGACACUGUACGCAUUCACCGGGGAUCCAAUGUACAAGGAAAAGGCGCAGCAUGUGGCCGAUAAGCUGUUGCCCGCAUUCCAAACGCCCACGGGCAUACCGUACGCCCUGGUCAACACCAAGACGGGCAUGGCCAAGAACUAUGGCUGGGCAUCCGGUGGCAGCUCGAUUCUCUCCGAGUUUGGCACACUCCAUCUGGAGUUUGCCUACCUGAGCGACAUCACGGGCAAUCCGUUGUAUCGGGAGCGCGUGCAGACCAUACGCCAGGUGCUCAAGGAGAUUGAGAAGCCCAAGGGGCUCUAUCCGAACUUCCUCAACCCCAAAACAGGCAAAUGGGGUCAGCAGCACAUGUCGCUGGGCGCCUUGGGUGACAGCUACUACGAGUAUCUGCUGAAGGCCUGGCUGCAGUCCGGCCAGACGGACGAGGAGGCGCGCGAAAUGUUCGACGAUGCCAUGCUGGCGAUCAUUGACAAAAUGGUGCGCGUCAGCCCCAAUGGACUGACGUAUGUGUCCGAUCUGAAGUUUGAUCGACUGGAGCAUAAAAUGGAUCAUCUGGCCUGCUUCUCAGGCGGCCUCUUUGCUUUGGGCGCUGCUACACGCCAGAACCAUCACACUGAUAAAUACAUGGAGGUGGGCAAGGGCAUUACCAACACCUGCCACGAGAGCUAUAUACGUACGCCCACCCAGCUGGGCCCCGAGGCGUUCCGUUUCAGCGAAGCAGCCGAGGCACGCGCCCUGCGCUCGCAGGAGAAAUACUAUAUACUGCGCCCGGAGACCUUUGAGAGCUACUUUGUGCUCUGGCGUCUGACGCACGAUCAGAAGUACCGCGACUGGGGCUGGCAGGCGGUGCAGGCCCUGGAAAAGCAUUGCCGCACACCGCACGGCUACUGCGGCCUGCGCAACGUCUACCAGCAGGAGCCGCAGAAGGACGAUGUCCAGCAGAGUUUCUUCCUGGCCGAAACACUCAAGUACCUGUACUUGCUGUUCUCAGACGACUCCGUGCUGCCGCUGGACGAGUGGGUGUUCAACACCGAGGCGCAUCCACUGCCCAUCAAGGGCGCCAACAUUUACUAUCGCAAGGCGGCAGUGACGCUGCCCGCCUCGAACGCCUCAUAAGGCAGCUAACGCAGUCACUUGACCGUGUCAAUUUUUUUUAUUAUUUUAAAAUCAAUUGACUCUCUCUUUGAUAGUUGAAGGAAUAUUUUAUUUAAUUUUUUUUUUUUUUUUUAGAUUUUAUUUGUCUGUUUAGUUUAGUUAGCUUACCUUUAUAUAUAUAUAUAUAUAUGUGCACAUACAUACAUAUAUAUAUAUAUAUAUAAUCAUUUUUAAUGUGUAUUACGAUUAAUUUUGAUUGCACAAUGACAACAAUGAAUGGAUCCUUACUUAGCCGCGUCGUCAAUGGACGACCCUUAACUAUAUGUAACAUAUUUAUGCCACUUCAUAUAUAUAUAUAUAUAUAUAUGUAUAUGUAUAUAACGGAGACACGCGACCCGACGUAGCUGUUUAUGUGGUAGCCACCCUGUAGAUCAAGUCAAAUCAAAUCAAACUGAGAACAGAAAACCCUUUGAAAAGCUUCAGAUUAAUAAUAAUCUUUAUGAUAUAUACACACACACACACACACACACACACACACACACACACACACACACACACAC